AUGAAUGGCAAUACUACGUGUGACGUGGGGAAGCAUUCCAGAGAUAUUUACUGCUACCAACAUUCGGCCGUAUGUGUCAAACCAGCGUUAGUAGCUCUCCAAAUAGUCUUCCUCGUCUGUAUCAUCAUAAUGAGUGUGACGUCAUGCGCGCUACUUAUUUACGUCGUGCAUCGCACGAGGUCGAUGGCAACAUCGAUGAAGGCAUGUAUUAUGAGUUUGUCAAUUGCCUACAUUCUGUCAUCCGUGUAUCCCAUACCAAUCCUGUGUUAUUCCAUAGUCUACUCUCAUCUUGUCAUCGCCGACGUCGUUUGUCGCUCAUCUCCGGUGGUUGUCAUGGUGUCAUCAAUAUCCACUAACUGGACACUGGCUUUGGUCGGUGUGGACAGAUUCCUCACCAUCUUCCGACCAUUUACUUACCCAAUAACUAUGAACCUCCGGAAGAGUCUGUCGAUGGUCGUAUCGACGUGGUUUCUGGGUAUAGUGUUCGCUCUCCCACCGUGUCUAGAAUGGGGAGGCAUAAGUAUAUGUUUCCAGCCAAGGACUCUACAGAUCUGCGGAAUCACAUGGAAGGUGUCUAAGUCGUUCUCCUACAUAACGUGGUUUCUAACAGUUUUGGCACCCCUGUGUCUUCUCGUGUUUUGUUACUCGAAGAUUGCACUGUUGGCAAGGUCAUUGGUAGAGCCAUGCUAUGGAGGCCGUAAUGUCAUACGAACGUCACGUGACCACAACGUUUCCUCUGGACGACGACAAGUGCGAAGGACAGGAUCCGUCACCUCAAGUCUCAGGACUUUCAAACUAGUUAUCAUUAACAUAGGUACCAUCUGUCUAUGCUGGGCUCCCUAUACAGUGUUAUCUGUGCUAAAUCUAGAAGAUGGCGACAGAGCAGCAGUUCCGUACAUUCAGGACUUCAUGUGGUACUGUUUACUCUUCCUGCCUAACUUUGUCAAUCCGAUAGUGUUCAUCGCCUUUAACAAAGAUUACCGGGAUAGCGUCACUCGACUGUGGUACCGGAUAUGGCGCCGAAGAGGGGAUAACUCUAUUGUGACAUAUCCAUCUCUCACCCUCGCAUCAACUCAAUGGGAUAACACAGGGAUUACCACCUGUAACACUGUGAAUAACAUGCGGACGUCGAAUACGCUGACACGAGUGUUUGUACGCUAG